AUGCGCGAGGACUACAUGCGCACCGCCCGCUCCAAGGGUUUGCGCGAAUGGGUGGUGGUCGGCCGACACGCAUUGAAAAACGCGUUGCUGCCGGUGAUCACUGUUUCCGGUUACCAGUUCGGCCGAUUGCUGGGCGGGGUCAUCAUCGUUGAGCAGAUUUUUGUGGUGCCUGGCGUCGGCAAGUUCCUGAUUGAUGCCAUCAACCACCGUGACUUUCCGGUGAUCCAGGGUGUGAUCCUCAUGACGGCGGCGGUCGUGUUGCUGCUCAACCUGAUCAUUGACAUGCUUUACGGGAUACUGGAUCCACGGAUUCGAUACUCCUAA